AUGACAUUGGAAAUUAGUAGGCACAUGCAGCUCUCCUGCAAGAGAAGCUACUACCGGUGCAGCCAUCAAGGGUGCAGUGUGAAGAAGCAAGUGCAGCGUCAGUCCAAAGAUGAAGGGGUGGUGGUGACAACAUAUGAAGGGGUUCACACACAUGCUGUAGAAAACCCUACAGACAAUUUUGAGCAGAUCUUGAGCCAGAUGCAUAUUUAUCCUCCCUUUUUCUGA